AUGGAGGCUACCGUCAUCCCGCUGCCGCUCCCCGUCCUCCCCGAGGGCUGGGAGGCCGAGAACAACUUCAAGGCCAUCGGCAAGAUCACCCAGGAGAGCGCGGCCACGCAGCGCACCCUCGAGCCGGUGGGACCUUACUUCCUGGCCCAUGCCCGCCGCGCGCGUCACAAGCGCACGUUCUCCGAAGACGACCGGAUCCAGGCGCAGGAGCGGGCCAAGAAGGUGGAGGACAACGACGACGGCGAGAUCAGCGAGCCGGAGGACCCGAUGAUGCUGCAGCGCGAGGCCAAGGACUGGAAGUCACAGGACCACUACAAAGUGCUGGGCCUGUCCAAGUACCGGUACAAGGCGACGGAGGAGCAGAUCAAGCGGGCUCACCGCAAGAAGGUGCUCAAGCACCACCCGGACAAGAAGGCGGCUGCGGGCCGGGCGGACGACGACAACUUCUUCAAGUGCAUCCAGAAGGCGACGGAGGUGCUGCUGGACCCGAUCAAGCGGAGGCAGUUCGACUCGGUGGACGAGGAGGCGGAUGUGGAGCCGCCGACGAAGAAGCAGCUGGCCAAGGGCGACUUCUACAAGCAGUGGAGCAAGGUGUUCAAGUCGGAGGCGCGGUUCAGUAAGGUGCACCCGGUGCCGACGUUUGGCGGGGAGGACGCGGCCCAGGAGGACGUGGAGAACUUCUACAACUUCUGGUACAACUUCGACAGCUGGCGCACGUUUGAGUACCUGGACGAGGACGUGCCGGACGACAACGAGAACCGCGACCAGAAGCGGCACAUGGAGCGCAAGAACGCCAACGCGCGCAAGAAGAAGAAGGCCGAGGACAACGCGCGCCUGCGCAAGAUCCUGGACGACUGCUCUGCCGGCGACGAGCGCAUCAAGCGGUUCCGACAGGCGGCCAGCGCGGCCAAGAACAAGAAGAGGUUCGAGCGUGAGGCGGCCGAGAAGAAGGCGGCUGAGGACGCGCGCUUGAAGAAGGAGGCCGAAGCCCAGGCGGCCAAGGAAGCUGAGGAGAAGGCCAAGGCGGAUCGCGAUGCCAGCAAGAAGGCCAAGGAGGCGGCCAAGAACGCGGUCAAGAAGAACAAGCGUGUUCUGCGUGGCUCGGUGAAGGACGCCAACUACUUUGCUGGUGAGGGCGACGCCUCGGCUGCGACCAUCGAUGCGGUGCUUGGUGACGUCGAGCUUGUCCAGGGCAAGAUUGACCCCGAUGAGAUUGCCGCGCUGGCCGGCAAGCUGAACGGGCUCAAGGUGGCGGACGAGAUUAAGGGGGUGUGGAAGGCCGAGGUUGAGCGUCUCGUCGGCGCUGGCAAGAUCAAGGACGGGGAGAUCAAGACGCUGGCUUGA